AUGCGUGAAGAAGUUUGUAAUUCGAAUAGAAAAAUAUGCCCAAGUUGUACCGAUAAACAUUGUUUAUAUACAGAACUAAGCGAUUAUUGCUCUUUAGCUGAGACGGUUUAUUAUUUGGAUAACAAUUACACAGCAAUUUUUGCUGUUUUAAUGACACUUUGGGCGACGUUAUUUCUGGAAUUGUGGAGUCGAGAAGAACAAGUUUUUAAAUACAAGUGGAAUUUAUUAAAAUCAGUACCACAAAUCCAUGAAUUGGUUGAUUAUAAAAUUCGCGUAGCAAAUCACACAAAAUAUAAUAAAUUUACGAAAACCGAUGAAUAUUACACGCCGUUGAUGAUGAAAUCAUACCCAAUCCUUUAUUCGAUUAUUAUUGUUUUGGCAGGAAUCCUACUUCUUAUUGUUACAACAGGGUUAAUUUUAAUUUCAGAAUAUUUGAUUACAUACUAUACCAUAAAAUAUAAAGUAUCGAUAGCGGUGGAUUAUCUGGUCACUGUAAUGCGAGUUUACAGUUGUUUAUGCACGAUUAUUAUCAUAAAAACGUACAAUCCGCUUAUAAAUAAAAUUUCUCAAGUUUUGACUGAUCGGGAAAUCCACCGAACCAAAAACGAUUACAUGAACGCGUACAUCAUCAAAAACUACGUUCUCAACUUUUUCAACACUUACCUAAUGUCGUUUUACAAUUCUUUCAUCAAAGAGGUCAUGUUCACCAAUCCAGGAGAUUAUAAUAUUUACAAUAAGGUGUUUGGUAUAGCUGCUGAUCUUUGUUCGCCAGGGGUGGGAUGUUAUUUCGAUUUAUCCAUGUCCACUACUUUUAAUAUUUUAAAAGAAUACAUUUUGUUAUUUUUCAUCAACAGCUUCCUUAUGACACAUUUAAUCACAGGCUGCAAAUUCCUUUAUAAAUAUAUUUAUAAUAAACUACGUUUUAAUUCGAGUAUUCAAGCCCUGAAUAUUCCACAAUGGGAAGAAGAAUAUACAUUGAAGCCGAUAAGUUCGACUUAUUUUUGUGAUGCCUUUAUUGAUCUAAUGAUGGAAUAUGGAUUAUUUGUCUUUUUUAGUGCAGCAGUUCCGGUACUUCCACUUCUUGUAUUACUAAACAACAUCGUUGAAAUAAGAAUAACCGCAAGGGCACUUCUUCGCAAAUCAAGAAGAAACAUUCCAAAACCUGUCGUUGGUUUAGGCGCAUGGAAUAAUGUUUUAAGAAUCAUAACAAGAUUGUGUUACCUUAUAAGUGGUACAAUAAUAUGUUUUACAUCAUUUCUCAUUAAUCGGGGCGUCUACUACGUCAAUAACGAAUAUUCAAUGGAAGGAUUUAUAAAUCAAUCCUUAACGGCUUUUUCAGUUUAUGAUUUUAACAGCGAAAUGAAGCAAAAUUUAUUAAGCAAAUUUCCAGAUGUGACAGUUUGUUAUUUUAACGGAUUGAAAAACGAUUUUAACACUACACAUCCUUAUCAACAUGGUUUUAAAUAUUAUCACCUUGUUGGGAUAAAAUUCAUAAUAGCUGUAAUUUAUGUGCACGUCGUUUAUUUUUUGAGCAGCAUUGUAACGUUUUAUAUACCUAAAGUACCAAGUGAAAUUGCGGAGAGUAUAGCUUACGAUGUUAAAGCAAAAAGAACCGAGGAAAUGGAAAAACUAACUGUAGGAAACAGUGGAUAAGAUCAACCAUAACUAAUUUUUAUAUAAUUUCAUUCAUUGUUGAAUAUUCAAUAAACUUUAAUGAUUUUAA